AUGCUCUUCUACGCGGUCCUCGUAACGUCUACGCAUCUGGUCCGCAGCUCCUUGCAGAUUCUUCCCGAGAACUAUGACAGAAGCGUUGGUCCCUUCACUGAAACCAUCCAAAAAAUCGAUGUCACCAUUUCCGUCCCUUUCCUUGUCCUUCUAGCUGUGGUGAGUUAUUUUUCUUAAAAGAAAUUAAAUUUUUCUCAAAAAAGGUUAUAGUCUGUAAAUUUCACCGAACGACAUUCCGCUGUUCCGCUGCGCGCCUUUGCGAACCUCGGCCAUUUUUUUUCUUUUAUCAAGGUACUCUACUUUCAUGGGCUCCCACAGCAAUAACAAUCACUUGAAAGCGUGACCUAGAUUCGAAAGACGCUUCGCGAACGCACGCAGCGGAACAGCGGAAUGUCGUUCCGUGAAAUUUUAAGUCGUUUCACACAGACUAUAAAUAGCUUUCUGAUCGAAGUGCAAUGUUUUUCUAGAGUUAUCCAGUGUUUAUCAACCUAUCCGAGAGCUAUAAUCUCAAAAAAACAGCUGCUCAGAAAGCACUGGACUUUUUAAUUUUUUUAAAAAUUCACUGACCCCCAAGGUCAUUUCAAUUUGCGACUUGACAUUUUCUUCAAGUUUGCUUAAUCACUUUCUGAAUGUCUACAUGAUGACUUUGCACUUUCAAAAUCACCAUUGUUUUACAUUACUAGUUCGAAAAAACCUAUCAGGACUUUCUUCGUAGCCUCACACUACACUGAUGAACUUUUCCGAUAGCGUGUUUGCAGAAGGAAAACGAACGACAGGCCGACUGGCUCUACUCUUACACAAUGGUGAUAUUUUUGCCGCCACCAGUGAUAAACAAAACAAAAAGAUUGCAGAAGUGGCGGGAUGAGCGGCUGAGAUACAACUCCACUAGUGGAGCUGUCGUCUACAUUCCGGCCAGCCUGGUUUUUUUUUUUGGUUAUAUGAGGAGCUAUCAACUGAAAAAAAGGAAAAAGAAUUAUUAUUAAAGCCCAAAUCAACAUUCUUAGGAAUUUUAGAGUGGUCCCUACAGGGGUUAGAGGGAAAAAAUCCCUAUAAGGGUCAAAAAAGUGGCCCCUAUAGGGUUAAAAUUUAGGUGGUUUAAUAUGGGCUCUAACCCCUUAGCCCCAACCUCCUCCACAAACACAAGUGGACCCUAAAGGGGUCUCUCAAUUUCAUUCAAAAAACGCUUAUUUAUUGAAUUUUUCCCAUGGAAAUGCUUCUUCGCUCAAAGCUCAUAACAACUAUCGGCUAGCAUGUCCCCUAUAGGGACCACUUUUCCAAGUUAGUGGCCCCUAGAGGGGGCCCUCUAUCGGUUCCUAAGGUUGCCCCUAUAGGGACCACUCUGGAGUUCCAAAGUAUGGCUCUUUCGAGCUUGAGAUCGCAUCAACUCUGUUUAAAAUUGUAAAAAAAGUUUUUUUUCCAAAAUUUUGUAAGUCAACCUGUCAGGGUGCUCACUCACAACACCUAUAUAUCCAAUUAAGGUGUGGAAGCCGAGGUUUUUCGUCUACAACUCGAUCGAACAGAGAGAAGCCUACGGAAACAACGACGAGAACAUCGAUGUCAUUGUUAGUUGGAUUCCUUCAACUUUUAAAACUUGAAUUAGCUCCACUUCCGACGCUCGACGUGGAAUGGGAACGAGUUUGAAAAUGCACUGAAAUUUAGUUGUCCUUGAAUUUCUGGUGUUGUGACACUAAUCAAAACUAGACAAACUCAGGAAGGUUGAAAAAGGCUUCAUAAAAAUGUUCCCUUUUUGUUGCCUUUUCGGGCCAUUUUUUCAGCCCAUAUGCACCAUUUUUGCUGCCUGUCCCUUUUUCAGCAUUUUUUGAGCCUUCAAAACCUUAGAAAAAAUGGAAGGCUGGAUGAAGGGACCCUUUUUGCUGCCCUUUUGCGGCCUUUCUUGAGCCUUUCAGCGGCCAUUACCCAUCAUUCCGACGUUUCCCGAGUAGUUGUUUUGCAAAUAAUACGGAUGAAAUUUGAAAAAAAAAAACGAACAUUUGAAUCCAUGAAAUGAGACGUACCCAUCAAAUCAAUAGUUUGAAUCAUAUCUCUGAGAAAGAAAAAUUUUGCAGGUGUCGCCUUCUGGAGACGUAGUCCUGCGACGAACCCAGUACACGAGCAUCGUCUGCGAAGUCGACGUGAAGCGAUUCCCUUUCGACACGCAAUUCUGCGCCAUCGCCUUUUCUUCUCCGGUAGAGCCGAUCGAGGUGAUGCAGCUCACGCCGGUCCAUGACCCUCUCAGAAGCGCCAUCAUGGCGGUCAGUCUGUUCUGUUUAUUUCUUCUCAGACUUCUUGGCUUCAGGGGAACAGCGAGUUUGCGUUGAUCAACAUCACCACCCACAUCAAGAAGUACUCCAUCGACAAUAAUAACUACGAAUCGGUUGGUGCUCAUGUUUCGAAAAGCUGGACAAAUACCGGAGGCUUUUUUGUCUGAUAUAGUCUGUGUGCCAUGACUUGAAAUUUCACCGAACGAAAUUCCGCUGUUCCUCUGCGUGCGUUCGCGAAUAGUCUUUCGAAUCUAGGUCACGCUUUCAAUUGAUUGUUAUAGCUGUGGGAGCACAUGAAAGUAGAGUACCUUAAUAAAAGAAAAAAUAUUGAAAACGCGACCAAGGUUCGCAAAGGCGCCACAGCGGAAUGUCGUUCCGUGAAAUUUCAAGUCGUGGCACACAGACUAUACAGACAUUAUAUCGCUUUUUCAUUUCGUAGGUCAUGUUCGUGGCUCACUUACGGCGUUACCCGACCUACUACUUGGUGAUGGUCGUCUUCCCCACUUUCUUCAUCGCCGUCAUCACAAUCACUGGCGCUCUCGUCCCAAUGGAAGAAGACCAGUCUAACGACAUUGUUUGUAUCCGGAAAGUCUAUUCCAAAUAUUCAAUAAACUCAGACCGGCUUGGCUUUGGGAGCGAUUCUGGCUCUGGUUUUCAUGCUUGGAAUAGUGUCGGACAAGCUGCCAAAGACACCAAGUGUGGCAUGGAUUUGUGAGUACUUUUUUCUUCUAAAGUCAGAACUGUCUUCAGCGAUCUACCUGAUGGAAGUUUUUAUAAUGUGCGUGGCGGCGUUGGCGAUCGGAUUUCUGCGCGGUAUGCGCAAGUCCUGCAACAAGUACCAGGUCAAAGAAGGAGUCUUUCUGAUGACGGUCGAUGAAAAUCGAGCCGAAGAGAAGCCUCUGCAGAUUUCCAGUAAAACAAGGGUCGUCGAAAGCAGGUUGACGGCAAGUCAAGAGCUUCAGCGUAGACAAAGCAUCCAAGUGGGUUAUUACAUCAUUUAUAGCCUGUGUGCCACGACUUGGAAUUUCACCGAACGACAUUCCGCUGUGCCGCUGCGCGCCUUUGCGAACCUUGCUCGCGCUUUUAAUCUUCUUUUUCUUUUAUUAAGGUACUCUACUUUCAUGUGCUCCCACAGCAAUAACAAUCAGUUGAAAGCGUGACCUAGAUUCGAAAGACGCUUCGCGAACGCACGCAGCGGAACAGCGGAAUGUCGUUCGGUGAAAUUUCAAGUCGUGACACACAGACUAUAUAUUACCUCUUUUUUCGACGUGAUAUAUGGGAGAAGUUUCGUAGGAGAUCACUUCAAUUUCGUGCGCGAAUAAUUUUAAAAUCCUUUCCGUUUCUUUUGAUAGGUUUGUGGGUACAGCUAAAAAAUUCUAUUACGUAACAAUUUGGAAGAAACAUUUGACUUGCCAAUUUUAUUAGAUUGUACAGUAAUAACUUGAAAGAAAUAUAAAAGGAUUGAAGGAAGUGUCCACAUUCGAAGAACGAGAAAAGAAAAAGAGGGAGAGCAAACGCUGUGUUAAUUGGUUAAUUGGGUGGUGGCGUCAGAAGCUGACUCCGUGGAAUUCUUCGGGUGGGACGAAAGCCAUCGACAGGAGAAUAAGUAUGAGGAGCACGUUGAUCACUUGGAACGAUAUACACCAGACCAUCGACUGACGGAAUUGUGUCUGAAACGUUUUCGUGAUUCUCGACUUGAAGUCCUAACACGGGAGGUAAUUUUACUUUGCGCUUGUAAAUUUUCUGAAAAAUGGCCAGAACCCUCAUUGAGGUACCAGAUGAGGAUCCUGAAAGUCUCACCCUGCACAAAUUCCUCGAGAAAGGACACCUUGAAGUCGAAGAAAACACUAAAAACCAGAAAGUAAGCCAUUUUGAUGCUUUGAGCGCCUAUUUUUCGAAAACUAGAGAGUUAUUCAAGUUGACACUUCUAGAACCUUCUUCUGGUACGUCAAUAAGUGCUCUAGCCAAUUCGCAAUUCCCAACCGCAAAGAAAAAUGACCUCCCUUGUAUAUUCUGUGUGCCAUGACUUGGAAUUUCACGGAACGACAUUCCGCUGUUCCGCUGCGUGCGUUCGCGAAGCGUCUUUCGAAUCUAGGUCACGCUUUCAAUUGAUUGUUUUUGCUGUGGGAGCACAUGAAAGUAGAGUACCUGAACAAAAGAAAAAAUGAAUAAAAAGCGCGACCGAGGUUCGCAAAGGCGCGCAGCGGCACAGCGGAGUGUCGUUUGGUGAAAUUCCAAGUCGCGGUACACAGGCUAUAUCGUUCGAAACAAAGAUAAUUGUCGGAAAAUAGUAUGCGAGACGCUGAAACAAGGAGCUUCCUUGGUAGUUUUGCCGGAAGAAACGUCUUCGAAGACUGCGGCCGCCGCCAUCGUCGAGAGCCUUCUCAACGUUGGUUUCUCCAGCCAUGUUCAGGUUCCGAAUGUUUAGGCGUCGAAUGUGCCCUACGUGCGACUGUCCUCACCUCGAGCUCUGCAUCGCAAGUUCCAUUUCUUUCCUCCGUCGCAAAUCAGCUCACUGGCGGCUGCCGCCUUUAUCAAAAGUGAGCGCUGGCGCGAGGUCGUCGUCGUUUUCCGAGAAGAAGACGGUGGGAUUGAACUUUGAGACCUUCAGAGCAUACUUUUAGAGCUUCUUGAAAUGGCGGAGAUGAUAACGGCUGGACAUUUUCCACCGGCCUUCAGUACGCAAGUGGUUCGCAUUGAUAGCAACGACGAUUACGGCAGUGUCCUCAAACACAUUCGCAACAAACUCGGUUCGAGCCAACUUUGACAUACCACGGCGUUUUUGCGGAGUCAAGAGCUCCACCGUUUUCAUGUGACGUCAUGGGAAGCAAGCGUAUACAACAGGGAAUAUUAAAAGCGCAUUUUCAAAAAAUCAUGAGACGAAUCGAUUUCAUUUUCAGAAUAACGCUAGUUUUCUGUUGCCGUGCUCAAAGUGAUUCCGCGAAGUUCAAAAUAGCCGCCAGAGAGUGAAAAAUAUAACUGAAUUCCGGAAAUUCAAAGAUAAUUUUGCAUUUCGCGAAAUGAAUUUUGAACACGAAAUGUGCGGGAGCGCCGCAGUGCAUGCACACAAAACACUACACUUCACGCAAAAUAUGGUGGGGCGUCGUAGAAAAACGCCGUGAUUUGAUUAUCAAAAAAAUGCCUGUAAUUCAAAACCAUUAAGAAACUUUGUUUGAAGCUUCAAGAGUGUAUGAGUAAAUUUGUAGAAAGUAAGUUAGAAACUUCACACAAAAAAACUUUCUUUUAUUGUGUCUUGAAUUUUGAAAAAAAAAGACACUCAUUUUUAUUUUCAAAUUUAAGACAGAAGCAAAAUCAUACUCAACAUUCCGCUGUCGGCCGCGUUGCGUUUCAUCGACGAAGCUGCCAGUUUCUCAAUGUGCGGCGUUUUGUACAACUACGUCGUGAUAGACAUGGUCGGGAUGUUGCUGUGAUACAAAAAAGAAACACUCAACACAGGACAUGGCCACAUCCAACCUCGAAGAUUAUUCCAGCAUCGAGCAGUGCAACAUCACCACCUUCGCCAUGCACGAUGUCGAGGCGGCAGAAGUCGUCGCGCUUCGAAAUCGCAUCAAAUUGCAAUCUCACAUCAGACUCCCUCAUCGAGGCAUCAAUGUGAGUGUAGAUGACAACUCCCAAAGAGUAUAUUGCCAGAAAAUUGCGUUUACUAGGCAGGAUAUGGGAGUCUGAUUUACACCGACCUUCUGUUUUUCGUUGUAAUUUAGGUUUAAAAAAAAUUUCCUUCUUUCUAAAAAACAAAAUUUUGAUAUAAAAUGGUCUUUUUCUACUAUUUUUACUUCGAAGAUAGCAAAUUUUUAACAAUAUAGUCAUUUUUGCCGACUUGAAAGGCUGGACGCGUAGCGUGCGCGUACGCUCAGCACGGAUGCCACACGGUGCAUUCUGCUUUUUUGCACUCUGGUGCGUAAUUGGGGUCUGCACCGUGCGAUUUUGUUGACUUUUUGGUGCAAAGGUGUCAAAUCAGUGCUUUUAGCGUGCUGCACCAGUGCGACACCAAAAAAGCACCAAAACUGCACGGCGCAGACUCCAGUUUCGCACCAGAGUGCAAAAAAGCAGAAUGCACCGUGCGCCAUCUUUGCCAAGCGGUUCUUGGCACGAGUUCAAUUCAAGCGCCACUGACUAUUUGGAUCGCUUUUUUUGUAUCUAUUCUACUAUUUAUCUCAUUGCAAAAAGGAAAAAAGCAAAAAUGAAUUUGAAAAAUGUGUAACUGAAUUUUGCGAAAAUUACUUUGAACGUGGAGUGUGCGAGAGCGCUGCAGUGCAUGCACACUACACACUACACUUUACGGAAGAAAUAGAGGUGAUGCGCAAAUAAAAAGCUGUGUACUUAGUAAUUUUUAUUGCACAUAUUUGCACAUAAAUGAUUUAAAAAGCGAUAAACGAGCGCAAAAAUAGUCGCUUGAAAUGAACUCGUGCCAAGAACCGCGUACGCGCACGCUACGAGUCCCGCAUACUCCUCCGCCUUCCAAGUCGGGAUGUAUUGACUAUAUAUUCUAUAACUGCUUCUCAUUCCAGACGAAAACAGCCGUUUGGAUCUCCACUCUCUCUGCGGUCGUCCGAGCGCUGGAGCACUCUCCAUCAUCAACCACUCCACAGUGCGGUUCAGUCUGGCCCCAAGGAACUGACAUCAAACGAGAGCUUUUGAGGGUUCCUCUAUACCCGCGUCAACUUAUGGAACGACUUUUUUCAGGCGACCAAAGGGGGAGUUACCGGGGACGUGACGUGGUUGCCGAACGGGCUCCGAAGCAACUUCUCCGUGCACGUUUAUCGUCGCAAACACGGCGUCCUUAGCAAGUACGCCGAAUGGAACAGUCAUCUUAAAAGAGUAUUUCUGAGAGAGUUUCUCGUGUAUCUAUCGAAAAAAGGUUUCAGAUUCUGUCUGCAGAAGUGGUGGCCGUCGCCAACUCUUCGCAGAAGGAGACUCUCGAAGGGAAGCACCUGCACGUGACUGUGUACCUUGUCAGUUCUGGGAUAUAUUUUCUGGUUAGAAUAUUGCUCAGGAGGCGCCUUUUGUCAUGUUGACCGCCGACGGCGAGUAUCAGGGCUACUGCAUCGAUCUUCUCCAGGUAUUUUUCCUUUUUUGCUUUUAAAACCAUUCUAAAAUGUUUGUUGAAUUCCUGAUACACUGCGACCCAUAAUUAUAGACCCACCCUAAUUUCUCCGAUUUUAAGAAAGAUUGAAAAACUUUGAGCCACCAAACUUUUUUUGUGAUAAACCUUGUUGAUAAGGAACAUAAUCAUAUCAUAAUUUUCAAUCACCCAGUUGAAAAAGUUUUUUUCAAGAUACGAGAAAAUCUGAUUUUUUUGACCGACCCAGAAUUAUAAUUAUAUUAUGAUUAUGUUCCUUAUCAACAAGGUUUAUCACAAAAAAAGUUUGGUGGCUGAAAGUUUUUCAAUCUUUCUUAAAAUCGGAGAAAUUAGGGUGGGUCCAUAAUUAUGGGUCGCAGUGUAUUCUAUCGGACAUUGGUGACGUGGAAUGGCUCCGGACGUUUCUGGGCAGUUCUAGGGAUUACUUGAGAUCGCUGACGCUGUUAAAGAGUUCACUAGAAGUGCCCAGAAAGGUCCGGAGCACGUCCGUUUCGCGUUACCGACCUAUCAAAAUAUCUCCUUGGCGCAAAUUUUCUCCCAGAAAAUCGCCAACUCUCUCAAGUUCAACUACACUCUCCACAAAGUGCACGACAACGCCUACGGGUCAAAGGAAGCCAACGGAAAGUGGAACGGGAUGGUGGGCGAGUUGCAGCGCGGAGUGAGUGGUCUCCUUAGGGAUGAGAAUCCAUCGCUUCAGGACGCCGACCUGGCCGUCGCUUCUCUCACCAUCAGCUACAGUCGCAGCGAAGUUAUUGACUUUAGCGUGCCCUACAUGCAUCUCGGUAUCUCCAUUCUGUUCAAGGUUCUCAAUUUUAACUUUUGAAUUCUCAAAAAAUGGUUUUUGCUCAAGUUUAAAUUUUUUUUUUCUCAAGCGAGCUCACUCAGGAUCUGCAGAGUCGUCCCUAUAGGGGCAGCCUAAGGGGCCCUUGGAGGGUCAUCUCUAGGGGCCACUAAGGCUUGCAAAACUGCUCCUGUUGCUUAUUUUUAUGAAUUCUAUUGGAAAAAGCAUUUCCAUGCGAAAAACUAAAUAAAUGAACUUUUUGAAUGAAAUUGAAACACCCUUAUAUGGACAAACUUGAUUUUACCCCUAUAGGGACAACUUCUUCGACCCCUAUAGAGGCUGUUUUUCCCUCUAACCGCUCCAGGGACCUCUCUAAAGUCCUUGAGCGGAUUCGACACUUUUUCUGAUUUUCUUUACUUCCUCCCGUACGGUUUCAAUCCAGUUCUUUUCUUCGCUUUUUUGAAUUUUCGACAAACCAUCGACUCAAAGACGCCAAAAAGCCCUUUUAUUGGGAUGAGCUAAAAAAAAAACUAGUAUCAAAAGCUACCUCAGAAGCCGCGUGCCGCUGAGUCGGACAAGUUCAAGUUCCUGGACCCGAUAGACUGGCAAGUGUGGCUGGCCACCUUCGCCUCCUACGUGACGACGUCGUUGGCCCUCUGGUUGAUUGCCAAGUGAAGCCCGUCGAAUAUCAAAAAACGAAAUAAUUUCAGGAUGUCGCCAUUCGAAUCGAACGUCCUAGACACGACAAGCGGAGAGUUUCACAGAGUCGAAAACCAGUUUUCGCUGCGGAACUCUUUCUGGUUCACGGUUUGCUCUCUGAUGCAGCAAGGCAGCGAGAUAUGCCCGCGGACGGCCUCCACGCGAGUCCUCACCGCCGUUUGGUGGUUCUUCACUCUCAUCCUCCUGUCUUCGUACACAGCCAAUCUUGCUGCUUUUCUCACGACUCAAAGAAUGGUUGGGAGCGAAAACUUGCCGAUAUGUGACCUGCAGUCAGGUUUCAGGCAACGCCCGUGGAAAACGCCGACGACUUAUCAGCACAGACCAAGAUCAAAUACGGAACCCUGGGACGUGGGUCCACAAUGUCUUUUUUCAACGUAGCGCAUAUUCAAAGCUGAGAAGCACUUUUCCAAUUCAGGAAUCCAAAAUAGACACCUAUGAACGAAUGUGGAACCUGAUGUCUAGUCAGCCUGGACUUUUCGUCCAGUCUUCCAAAGAAGGAAUCGCUCGCGUCAAGGUUCUGAGGUAAAACAGAAGACAUAAAGGAUGGAAUUAAGAGUUCGGACUACGCCUAUCUGAUGGAGUCGUCGAUGCUAGAAUACGCAGUGGAAAGAGACUGCGAACUGAUGCAAAUUGGCGGACUCCUCGACCAGAAGGGCUAUGGAAUCGGGCUUCCCAAGGGCUCGCCCUAUCGCGACCUCAUUUCUACAGCUAUUUUACGACUUCAGGAAAAGACCGAGUUGACUGAACUCAAGGAGAAAUGGUGGAAAGUGAGAAAAACAACGGAGAAAAGCGAGAUUAAAUGAAAAUUUCAGGAUAAGAGCACAGUCUGCCCUGCUCCGAAAAGGAAAGAAUCCGACGAUGGGGAGUCCAUCGGAGGCAUUUUCAUAAUUUUGGUGUGUGAAUCAUCGAGAAAUCGACGGAAAAUAGUUUCAGAUUGGCGGACUUCUCUGCACGAUUCUCUUUGUUGCCUGGGAGCACUUCUUCAAAAAACCCAACCAAGACUGA